AGGCUCUGCACCGGGUGGGAAAGCCCGGGUUCCGGGAGCGAGCGCCUGUCUCUUUAAAUGCCAGGGGCUGCGCUCCCGCCCGGGGAGCCCGGAGCCGGAUCUACAAUCCCGUCCCUCCCGCUCCGGAGCUUGUUGCUCGCCGGGCCCGAGCGGGAGCCGCCACCGCCGGGCGGGGGAGCCGAGCGGCUUCUUUCUCCUCCUUCUCGCGCCACACCUCCCCCGAGAGCCGGUGGAGGGGGAACGGCCACCCCCGCAGGAGGCCAGAGGUGCGGGGCGGACGGGCAUCGCCCCCCGCCUUCCAGUCCCGAGGCGCCAAGUAGCCGAGGGGGCGAGACAUGCGUCGCUGCCCGCUGCCCAGCUUCGCCGCCGCCCGCGCCCGGAGAGGAGGGACCGGGGAGCCCACACCUGCAAACUCGCCCUAGAAGUCUCCGGGUGCGCCGGCCCCCACCCCGAUCCCCACGGACUCCACCUCUCGGCGGUGAGUUUGCGCAGGUGGUCCCAGCCCCUGUCCGGGGACCGGUGCCAAUGACCCCAGUGGUGGUUUCGCUUUCUCCCCUCUCGGCGGCGUGAGGUGAGCGUGUGUCCGCAGCGUGAUGGGCAACCAGGUGGAGAAACUGACCCACCUAAGUUAUAAGGAAGUUCCCACAGCCGACCCGACCGGCGUGGACCGGGACGACGGGCCUCGCAUCGGGGUCUCCUACAUCUUUUCCAACGAUGACGAGGAAGCGGAGUCGCAGCCGCCGCCCCCGGGCCCGGAUGGCGGGGGCUUGCCCCAAGGGGAGGAUGGCGGGCCGCCGCCGCCCCCGCCGCAGCCCUACGACCCUCGGCUGCACGAGGUGGAGUGCUCCGUGUUCUACCGCGAGGAGUGCAUCUACCAGAAGAGCUUCGCGCCGGGCUCCGCCGCGCUGAGCACCUACACGCCCGAGAACCUGCUCAACAAGUGCAAGCCCGGCGACCUGGUGGAGUUCGUGGCCCAGGCGCAGUACCCGCACUGGGCGGUGUAUGUGGGGAACUUCCAGGUGGUGCAUCUGCACCGGCUGGAGGUGAGCAACAGCUUCCUGACCGACGCGAGCCAGGGCCGGCGCGGCCGCGUGGUGAACGAUCUGUACCGCUACAAGCCGCUCAGCCCCGCCGCCGUGGUGCGCAACGCGCUGGCCCACGUGGGCGCCAAGGAGCGCGAGCUGAGCUGGCGCAACUCGGAGAGCUUCGCCGCCUGGUGCCGCUACGGCAAGCGCGAGUUCAAGAUCGGCGGCGAGCUGCGCAUCGGCAAGCAGCCCUACCGGCUGCAGAUCCAGCUCUCUGCCCAGCGCAGCCACACGCUCGAGUUCCAGAGCCUGGAGGACCUGAUCAUGGAGAAGCGGCGCAACGACCAGAUCGGGCGGGCGGCUGUGCUGCAGGAGCUGGCCAUGCACCUGCACCCGACCGAGCCAGAAGAGGGCGACAGCGACGCUGCGCGGACUAAGCCGCCUCUCGAGCGCCCCCCUGAGCCCUGCUGGGAGGAGGAGGACCGAGAGGCGGUGGUGCACUGAUGGGCCAGCUGCAUGCAGAUCUGUGAGAGGAAGCUGUUGCCAGCAGCCGCUGCCCCCUCUCUCCAUUCCUCUACCAUCACCUUCUGGGCCGCAUCUGGGCUCCUGGGCCAUUUGGAAAAUAAAAGAGUUGGCGAAAGGCGCAGCCAGCUGUGGCUUGAGCUUUUUAUGUUGACAGAGGAGGAAGAGGGUGCAGGUAGGAAGAAAACUUUGGUUGGGGGCACGGCCUGCCCACCCUUGCAAUCUGUAGUCUUUCUGAGGUGGGGCAAAUUGUGGACAUGCCUGGCACUAAGUCCCUGCUGGACCUGGGUCCAAAAUCGACCCUUUUUACGCACACAGGGGUGGAGAAAAAUUCGGAGUACCAAGGCCUGCCAUUGCCUCCUACCGGCUUACCCCUACUCUGUGCUAAGGCCAGAGUGGGGUUGGGGCCUGAAGACUGCCCCAUACCCUCUAUCCCUGUGGAGCUGUGUGUGGGGUCCAGCAGGCUGAGUGAUUUCUUUUCUGGGCCUCCUGGGAGGCAAGCCUGGAGAAACCAGGACCAGGUCUGGGAGCAACAGACGCAAACCGAGCAGCUGCCUGUGAAGUGGAACAAAAUGUCCAGUAAACUUGGGCUACAAAACAAAGAGUUUGCUACCUCCCUCCUCCCGGUCCCCAAGUAAUUCAUCUUCUGGAGCUGGCUGAGCCUCCUACCCCCUCCUGCUCCACCAGCCACUUCCCAGGUUAUAAGUAAAUCAUUGUCAUGGGCCAGCUAGGGGAAGGAUUCAAUUAUGGUUCUGUGUGGCCGCCUUUGUUUCUAGCCUGCUAUGGUAGGCAUUUACAGCUGUGUUAUUUGUUAUCAAAGGAGGGAAUAGCCUUUUGUGUCUCUGAUCUAAUUAAACCUGCUCGGCUGUGUUCAUCCGCAGGUCGCACAUGGGAUUGGCUGGUGCCACCCCAUAAAGUAUCCACUACAGAAGCAGCCAAACAGGUUUGUCCUGGUAGGAAUUAGUCAAUCACUCCCACUGAACCCCAUUCCUGAACAAUGAAGGUAACCUUUUUAAAACGUAAGGCUUUCAUGGUGGUCCUGUGAAUUUUCAUUUUCCCUUCUCAUUUUUGUUCUUCUGCUGUUAAAAUCUUAGGCCUGAGGCCUACUUCAAUGCUAAGGUAUUUAUUUUGGUAGCGACACUUGAUGCACACUUAAUUCAAAAGAUGUGCAGAGUCUUGUUAUAUGGAAGCAGUCUCCUUGGUGCUUGGAGGACACCCUUCAGAAUGCUUUCCCCAGAUAGCUGAGGGCAGUCACAAAUGCCAGGCGGUGAGGUCAGUGCCAAAUCUGGCGACACUCCUAAAGCACUGGUUCCUAAUUGUGGGAUCUCUUGGCAGCAGGCUGGCUAAUACCAGUUGGAUCUCCUGCUGAGCUAUAGUUUGCUUUAUUAUGAGGCUUUAAACAUUUUUUACAACCUGUUCCUUGUAUUCAUGUGAGCUCUUUAAUGAUGUGUGCCCUGCACUUCAGAAUGCAGCUCUGCCGCACAAUGACAUUGCUAACACUGUCUCAAAAGUUGAGUAAAGUUUUUCUUCCUGUUGGAAGUCAUUAGAGAUUACAGUGAACAUGUCAUUUCGCGACCUAAUUCUCACGGUUGGAGUAGAAUCAUAUUUGAGUCUCUACAGUGUGGUCAUCCUUGGGCCUCCUGCCUGGAGAUCUCUAAAUCAAGGCAACAAGACUUGAAGGAUAGCCUUGUUUACUUUUUCAGACUUGGCAUUUGAAGCCAUAAUUUUUAAGGCUUCAUAGCACUUCCACAUGACGUCAUUUAACUACAAGGGCAUUAGCCAUGUUCCCUGCUUUUGCAGGGAUCUCCAGACAGGUCCUAUCACAUUGUUAAAGCUGAGCCACACUCGACCCCAGUCUGCAUCUUUGGAGACCCAUGUGUCUCCUGUUGGGAAUGUCAGUCUAGUUUCCAUGUUUAGUAAGUCUCACCACUUAGUGUGUAUGUUGUCUUGCUCAUGGAAAAGCGGAGCAAGAGAAACAGGGGCACAGGCAUCGAGGAGAGCUACUCUACCUAACAGAUUUGGAUUUUCUUUUAUGUUUGGCACAGCAGUGAUAGUUGGAAGGAAUGACUAACGUGCAGGCAGCAGAAAGGAGGAACAGGCAACACUCUCUUUUCCACUCCCCCAUCUCCGUCUCCCUCUUUUGCCCUCAAAUGGAAAGUGAAUGUCAUUGGUCCCAUUGAGGCAUAGCAGCGACUAUCUGUUGUUGCAAACAAACUGCUUUUGGUGAGAAGUUUCAGCGUGAUGAAGAACUGUAAGACCUACACCAGUGAUCACAUUCUGCCUCUAGCAAACAGGUUUUUGAUAACAGGAGGAAAUAGAUCGACGCCACUUGCUGCUUCCCCAUGUCAAGCAAGCAUUUUGUACAGGGUACCAGAGAUGUGAAAUACGUCAUACUUAGGAACUGUGAUGCCUUCGGAAGUGUUUGUAGGCUUACACAGCUUCAGGUAGGGCAGCAACCAACCAGCGAAGGUGCCAAGAAAGGAGAAGGGAACCAGCUCUCGGCUCUUCUUCAGCAUGGCAGUGUUGUGGGUGAGUUUUUAAUCCUAGGCAGUGGCUACAUCUGGCACCUAAAACAAAACAUAUAUAUCUAUAUCUAUAUCUAUAUAUAUAUAUUCAAUAAUUUUUGUUUCUCCUUAGGAUUAAGACUUUGGAACUAUUUUGUAUUUCGAAUUACAGAUGCUGUUUGAAGGAAAGAAAUACUGAUUCUAAGGUUUUUCAGAGGCUCUGGCAGGGAUGAGCAGGACAUCCGAGUGGAGCGUAUGCCAAGUGUAAUCAGACAAAUUCUAUUUUCUUACUUGAGCAGCUAUUUUAUGGGACUGCUUAUGUAUGUCCGAGGAGCCCACAACUUCAGCCACACAACUUUUUGUACUGCAAGAACUCAACUUUUUGUAGCUUUUAUUUCACAUUUAAUUUAAAGUAACUAUAGCACUAAAAUGCCUAGCAGAAGAUUUUCCUCCAGACCUGUAAGGAAAUUUUAUGAAAAAAGAUCCUUCAGUGGUUAAACGUCUCAUGUCGUUGGUGCUUCUGACCCUAAUAGCACCACUAGACAACACAGCAACCACAUGGAAACAUAUUUUUGGAAGCAAAACUUUAAUUUUAUACGACAUAUGCUAUGGAGAGUGAAGAAAAUUUAAGGAUUACUUGUUUUCUAUUUUUUUCUUAACAAAAUGGAAUCCACUGUGUUGAAGACUCUUGAUAUUAUGUGAUUGUCUAACCAUUUUUUAUACCAAUAAAUUGAAAUAAAAUCCAGUAUGAUCAUGGUCAUUGAAUGGAUUAGUCUGAAAAGUUAUAUUUUAUUUAUGAUUUUUAAAAAUCAGGGUAACUAAACUUCUCAUUGUGUUGUUUUGUUCUUCAAUAUACUUGUAAUCCAUGGAGAAUUCCACUGAUGAACACGAUAAUUUCCACAUGUGUUUUAUUUCUCAGUGAACUGUGUAAACUUUAAUUUUGUUGAAGGUUGUAUGUUAACUCUAUGUUAUGUUCUCAUACCACUUCUUGAGAAGGAAGUUCUAAUUUGAAAUUGUAUCAUUUCCUUCAAAAUGAAGGGCAAUGCUUAGUUAAAUAAAAGAUUGAUAACAUCUUUUAAACCA